GGAUGACGUGUAUGUAGUUUAUUGAAAAAGCCGACUUUAUUUACAAAUUAGUUAAAAAAUCCAAGAAAAUGACCUCUCUUAUGUCCGUGAUUCCCAAAUUGUACCAAGAGUACACAACCAAGACAUCUAAGAAGCUGAAAAUCAUCGACGCCUACCUACUGUACAUUUUCUUGACCGCUGUGAUUCAGUUCGUGUACUGCUGCCUAGUCGGCACAUUCCCGUUCAAUUCCUUCUUGAGCGGCUUCAUUUCCACAGUCAGCUCAUUCGUGCUCGCCGUCUGCCUGCGGCUCCAGGUGAAUCCAGAAAACAAGAAUGAAUUCCUAGGACUGAGCGCCGAGCGUGGCUUCGCCGACUUCAUAUUCGCUCACCUUGUUUUGCACAUUGUUGUCAUCAACUUCAUAGGUUAAGUUCAUUUAUAAUUAAUUUUAUAUUUAAUAAGAAAUACAUAUUAUAACUUCUAA